AUGAAUCUUGAACGGCUCCAAUACGACGAUGCCACAAAAAUAUGUGUGGAGGAGAAAAUGUGCCCCGAUAGCGAAAAGGAACUGGGGAAGACGGCACAAAAGGAAAAGAAACCGGGAGAUGAGAAAGGAACUCAGAAGGAGAUGGAGGAACGAAAGCAAGCUGCGGGUAUAGGGAACAUGAAGUCCGAGGUAUUUCGCAAUCUCUGA